AUGUCUAACACAUGCAUAUGGCACCCGUGCGAAGCCGAGGAAGAACUAGAGCUAACAGGAUCUCCGCUGAAGCUAGACCUGAGUCUGCACACAGUAUUGGAUGACACCAUGAUGACUGAUGAGCCUCAAUUGUGGACCAAGGAGGAAGGUUCUCAUGGUCCAAUUAGUCUUGAGGUGGCUAGAAAAAUAGCCAACCUAUACAACAAAAACCGGGACCAAGUAACAAUGGAAGAUGCAGUACCUCUUUGGAUAUUGACCAAUCCCGUUGAAGAAAGUAAACCUUUGUUGGUGACCGUACAAUCUGACAGUACUCACUUUGCAAGAGGUAUGGUAACUUAUGAUGGUAAUACGAACCAGGACGAUGUUGAUUUGGACAUGUUAGUCGAAGACUAUGCUAAGAGGGAUUGA